AUGGGCAAGCACACCGGUGUCGUGGCCAAGUGGCUGAACCACAAGGGAAUCGGAUUUAUCACCCCGGACGACAGUGCGGACGGUGGCGACGUGCUGGUGCACUUCGGCUCUAUCAAGCAGGGCGACGGGGACGGUUUCAAGUCUCUGGAGGAAGGGUCCAAAGUCGAGUUUGAUCUGGAUGACGACCCGAAGAACCCGGGCGAGAAGAAGGUGGCUAUCAACGUGACCGGGCCGGGCGGCGCGGACUGCGAGCCGAAGACCCGCAAGGGCAAGGGAAAGGGUAUGUUGCCGUGUUCAGGUGUCACUUUUCCAAGCGGUUACAUCCACUUUUCGCCUGUUAGUGAUGCGAGAAGAGAAGUGAGCAGUCAGUUACUCUUGUAUUUCAAAUUUUUUUUGCGCAAUCAUAUCAUACUGCCAAGAACGGUUCUUGGAAACUGUGCAUCGCAGUUGGUGAAAGAGAGGAUGUCAUUGUUGAGAAAGGUAACAUCUGCGAGGUUCAUAGAAUGCAAGGGCAAGGGAAAGAAGGGUAAGGGAAAGGGAAAGAAGGGCAAGAAGGGGGAUGAUGACGAAGAGUAA